AUGUCAGGCCGUGGUAAAACUAACGCUAGUGUAUUGGCUGCUGGUAGUGGAAAGGCACGAAGCAAAGCUAAAUCGCGUUCAACUCGUGCUGGUCUUCAAUUUCCAGUUUCACGUGUUCAUCGUCAUUUACGUAAAGGAAGCUACAGUGAACGAGUUGCUGGUGGUUCACCAGUGUAUUUGGCUGCUGUACUUGAAUACUUAAGUGCUGAAAUUCUUGAAUUAGCCGGAAAUGCUGCUCGUGACAACAAGAAAACACGUAUUAUUCCACGUCAUCUUCAAUUAGCUGUUCGCAACGAUGAAGAACUCAAUCGUCUUUUAAAUCAUGUAACAAUUGCUCAAGGUGGUGUUUUACCGAACAUCAAUUCGUUGUUGUUACCAAAAAAAUCAGCUACCGAUUCAAUGCCAGUUUCAUCUGCUGGUAAAGUCAAACAAAGCAAAAAAGCUGUUGCAGCAUCAUCUCAAUAA